AUAGUUGGCUUUCAAAAUGGCGGACCUGGGUCAGAAGCGUCCGAUUUUAGGAGUAUAGUUUCCUGUUUUACCAGGAAAUUUCGCACGAGCGGUGCUCCUUGUCCACAUCGGUACAUUCCUGAACACUCCAAGCAACUAUGAGGGAGAAAUCGAGAAAGAAGAAAGGCCGGACGUGGGCCGAAGCCGCCAAAAUGGCCCUUGAGAAGUACCCCAAGACGCCCAUGAGUCACAAGGAGAUUCUUAGGAUCAUCCAGGAAGAGGGACUGAAGGAAAUCAAAAGUGGAACCACCCCCCUGGCCUGUCUGAACGCCAUGUUACACUCCAACUCUCGUGGGGAGGACAGCCUGUUCUACAAGGUGGCUGGCAAGAUGGGGGUGUAUGGACUCAAGAGCGAUCUUCCGGAGGGAGUGGAGCGGUUUUACCAGGACGACUCAGAGCCAGAGUCCAGCCAAACAGACACGAGUGUCAGCGACGGACAGGCCGCUCCUAUCAAAGGGAAGGAGAAAAGGAAAGUUUUGUGUGUGAAACUCCCCGAAGAUGAGCUAGCCGCGGCCACCGCCAUCCUGAACACGCCAGCAGCGGCCGCCAUGAGACAGCACCAUGAGCACUCCUACACUGCCAUCCCCGGGACCUCCUACCAGCCUGGUGCCAGCAACCUCAGUCCCAGCAAGGUGGGAUCUUCACAUAGCAAGCAUCACCAUCACCAUAGCAAGCGCUCCCUGAAGCAUGGCAUGAAGCACUCCCACAAGAGGAGGAAGAAGGGAUCCAAGGACAUCCCCAGACUCAUCCUCAAGCCUGUCACUCCACCUGGUGAUGCAGCAGGUUCCUCCAGUCAGUUUCCCUCGUUUAAGGAGUACACGUCGGCAAGCUCCACCCUGUCCAGCCUCACGGCCAGUACCCAGUCCCAGACAUCCCAGGCACCCACUCUAACAUCGCUACUGUCCUCGCUUCCUGGGCUCAGCAGAAAGCCAAGAAGAAGAUCUCAGAAAAAGCUUCCACCUGCUGCUCCUAUUGACCUGACCAAAUCAGGAAAUAUUGAUGUGGAAACUCCAGACUCCAUCUUUGUCAACACCAACCUAAGAGCAUUAGUAAACAAGCACACGUUUGCGAGCCUGCCGCCGUCCUACCAGUACCAGCUCCUGCUGCAGCUGCCCGAGUGCGACCGUCAGAUCGGUGGGGACGGGACCGUCAAGCUCAGCAGCACCGCGCUUAGCAACGAGUUCUUCACACGCGCCUGUCUGGACUGGAAGGAGAGGCUUGCCGAUGGUGAGUUCACACCUGAGAUGCAGCUGCGCCUCAAGCAGGAGGAGGAGAAGGAGAGGGCCAAGCUGGACCCCUGGAAGGAGAAACACUAUGAAGCCUUCUGGGGACAGAACAGCCCACAGUCUUCUCCUUCCAAGAAACAGAAGCCCAUCCCCAGCACUGCCUCCCUGCUACAGGACCUCUCUAUACCGACCGCAGGCUUGCUAAACACUGCUUUGUCAGGAACCUCUUACACUAGUGGACUCCGCUCUCUGUCUGUAGCCCAGUCGCUGAUCAUGGCUGCACAGAAAUCUCCCGCUGAACAGCACACCUCGCUGUCCGUAGCCAAUCAGAUGGCAGCGGCGACCGGAUCCGCAAGUGCCAGCCUGGCUGCUAUUGGUCAAAAGGCGCUGUCUUCUCAUCAUCAUCACAAGAAGCCAGGCCACGUUUCUUCUUCGAGUCAUCAUCAUCAUCAUCACCAGAGACAAGCGCACCAGUCUCAGCGUCACCAUUCCUCCUCUGUACAUGAGAAAAGCCCCACCCACCAGAAAAUACCCUCUUCUGCGACGUCAUCUGCGGCGUCACAAAAAGCUGCUGUAUCAUCAAGCCACUCACAACAGACUCUGUGCUCAGCGGAGACUUUUUCUAGGACAUCCAUGCCUGGUUUUUCACCAGGUCUUGAACCGACGGCGCUCCAGUCCGGAGCCGUGGCGCAACAACAGGGGGCGUCACAGCAACACGGGCUUUACGGGGAGCCGACGGCGAAACGGAAAGUAGAAAUGGUUAAACAGAUCGUGCCGGAGAAGAGGCCAAAGUUGACCCAGCCGUCUAUAGGGGCGCCGCAGAAGCCGGUCUCGCAGCCGAGAACACUGGCACAAAUCAAGGCACAGACUCAGGCUAAAGUGGUAGGAAGACCAGUACAGGGACAGACCAGAACGCUGGCCCAGAUCAAGGCCCAGACCGCUGCCAAACAACAAGGGGGAGCGAAAACCCUGGCACAGAUCAAAGCACAGACACAGGCCUUGAGAGCAGCGAAUCAACAAGGCCGUACCAGGACCCUGGCUGAGAUAAAGGCCCAGACCAAGGCCAAGCUGCAGGCCAGGACCCACACACAGAUGCAGGGCAAGCUGCAGGCUCCGGUUGGAGCAGCUCUACACGUGUCUCCCACCUCUCCAAACCGGACAGGGCUGAUGUCGUCAUCACCCGGGCAACCCAGGGUGGCCACGCCCCAGCAACUGUCCACGUCUGCGGCGGCGGCAGGUCACACUGUUGCCACGGUUACGGAACCAAAGACUACGGUACCCUUCUCUGCACCCGGGUCGUCCGUGCAGCUCACGCAUCAGGUGGCAGGCACACCAGGGCACCUUACAAGCCAGACAGAGGCAGCAGCACAUUCGGGCUCAGCAGAUUCGAGGCUCUCGGUUCCACAGGCCCCACAGAAGGUGGCAGAGGAAAGCCUGUCGCAGCCACUUGUCGACAGAUCACACAUGAAGAACAUUACGUUGGUUGAACUGAUAACCGGCAAACCGCCUUCAGAUAAACCGACAGGUAUAAGUACCACAACAGACACUUCUUCACGGAGACCUAGUACACUGGAGGUGGUACCACAGACUUCAGAGGCGUUCAAUGUGAAGUCGAGCCAGUUUCCGGCAAAACUCCUGGAAGCGAGUUCGCCGGCAGACUCGAUCUCGAGCAGUGGUAGUGUGAGCAGCGAGAGGAGUGCGGCCAGCGUGCAUUCGUUACCCCCGCACGGGGGUUCCCGGACGCUCAGAGCGUCGAAGGUUUCCUCCCACUACCUCCUGUCUUCCUCCACGCAAGCCUUGAAACACCAGCUGAGGGACAUCGCUGGAAAGGCCAGAAGCGUUGCCGCGAGGCAGCGGAAUCAGGACGAGCCUGAGCGGGCAUCCAGCGCGCCUCCUGUGACCGGCAAAUUCUGCGAGAACGAGGUAGAAAAUGUCCGCGCAGCCAGCGUCGCAAGCGUACCCGUCAUAGCCGGCGUUUACGAAAACGGCCAGGCCUCGUGUGCCAUGCAAGGAAGCAACCUUUCAGCUGACACGAGUCUAACCCAUGUCAACAGACCUGUGUCCAACAGUGCCGGAAUGUUGACUCCAGUGCAAGUAGCUGCAACGGCGGACAGUAGCGGUGUCACUGCGCCGCCCGGCUUCGUGAACACCCAGCACGUCGGUGUCCCGGUUAGCUUCGUCGGGUUCCCGAACGUGGUUCGGCUGCCGCAGGGCGCGGCGCUCCCGCAGCACAUCCAGGUCCCACAGGGCAUGAUCCAGUCGAUCCAGUCGAACCAGGUGCACGUGGGCGGCGGCGUGAUGCAGCAGAUCGUGAACGUCUCCCCGCAGCAGCCGCCGCAGCUGCACCACCACCCGCAGCAGGUGCUGGUGUCAAUGUCGUCGAACGGCGGCACCGCCAUCCCCAUCACCGUCAACCAGGUCAGCCUGCAACAACACCAACAACAACAACACCUGAACAACGCUAGCAACAACAUUGCUGCAAACUGUGUACAGAACGCCAACAACGUCGCUGCCGUACAGAACGCAGCAGGCGGAACCGUCGCCGCAAACUGCGUUGGACCAAAUUCCAACAACAGUGGUGGCCACGGUGCCGCGACUACGAACGCCGGGAGCAAGUGUUCCUGUAGGUUGAAGGCCAUGGUCAUGUGUAAGAGCUGCGGCGCGUUCUGCCACGAUGACUGUAUAGGGCCGUCUAGGCUGUGCGUUACUUGUCUCAUUAAGUAACCUCGAACUUGUGCUGCUCAGAUUUAAGUAUUGUUGUCCCCCCUGUUACAGAGCACGUCGGCAGAACAUACUGCGCUUGGCAAAACCCACAAUGUAUUGUGCUUAGCGCUUUGGCAGAAUGUCUUGUUUAAGUUUGUAUUUAUGUAUUAAAGGAUGACAUCCCGUCUGCAGUUUUCAAAUGCUGUGUCGGAACAGAAUCUGAUAUCAUCUGCAAUGGGCAAAAUUCAGAUGCAAUGUCGACCAAAUAUCCAACAAAAAUGUGAAAAAUCUGGGUUUUGCGCAGGCUCAGUUCGUUCUGCGGACGUGCUCUGUCAUUGCAAGUAUGGACUACGUGUAGUCAGCCUGUAUAUAGUACCAUUCUGUUGUAAGGGAGGCUAGAGGUAUACAAAAAGCGAUGAUAUUUUCAUUGCAUUAUUGUACAUGUAUGUUAAAGGUAAAGCUUGUUGAAAAUAUCAAAAUAUGGAUGGAAAAUAGGAUGAUUGUGUAGAGGCAGCGAUUCACUAAAAAUUGUAAAUGUUUACAACAAGCACUUGAUUUGGCAAGGACAAAGGCUGCAAGCGUUAUUUUACAUGUCUGCAGAUUUUCUAGAGAAAUGUGUACCUUGUACCUACAAUACAUCUGACACAGUGUUGAUGCUCACAUCAUGCCAUUGGGAUGAAAUGUUGCAAAAAGGACCUGGUUUUAGGAAGAUGUACAAAAAUGCUGCAACAUUUUUUCACACAGGUUUUUAAGGUUCUAAAGCUAUGAAUUCAACUAAGAGAGCAAAAUGGUAAAACAAUGAUUAGAAGCAAUGCUGACUGACGGUCCAACCAAGAAUAAGGAAGGAACACAUAACAGAUAGUAUACAGCUGAAUUUUGUUUAAAAAGAUUAUUAGUCAAAGCUGCCCAAUAAGACCACUCAGGGGACCUAUAAAAUCUGGUCCAUGUGGACAGGUGGUCACUGUAGACAGGAUUCUUUAUGUUUGAGUCAAUAGAAAAAAUUAUCGAAGGGACCACCAUUGGCCAGGUGGUCCUCAUGUAUAGGUGGUCACUUGCACAAGUUUGACUGUACAUGAUUUGUUUUGUAUAUGCCAACAGCAGGCUCUAGCUGCAAAACAAGUCACUUUUGUGGGUGUGCAGGCAUUUCCUAAGAUGACAGGGUCCUGAUGUGCUUUUUUUCUUACGUUAAAGAACUAUGAUGAGUGUCAUGCACAUACUUUUAUACCGGUAUAUAUAUAUAUUGAUAUAAUUGUGAAUUUUUCCAAAACAAAUUUUUUCUAGAGUCAUCCUAUUGUCAAGUUUAUUCCCUUGUAUUGUUGACUCUUGUUGCCAAAAGGGGAACUUUCAAAGGUCCAUCCCUGAAGUAAAUGGCCCUGAAGUAUAUAAUAUGAUAGGCAUGUUAUGGCCAAGGAUUCAGUAUAACCUGUUGUUUCUGUGGGAGUGUAUUGCAGCUGCCUGUAAUGCAUCAUGCUGUUACUGUAUAUAGUAAUUUAUUUUCAAGGGUUUCUUGCAGUA